AUGAAGACUUUGUCCCAGUUGUGUGUCCUCAUGACCCUGGUGUUCAGGGUUCACACAAGUCCAGUACCACAAGAUACCUCGGUAUUUUCUGAGAAAGGUGAUGAGGAAUUAACAAAGCAGAAUCAUUUCAUAAAAUUAUCCAGCAUGGAAGAGGAGAACAAGCUGCCCUUUGGUCGCAAGGUCAGUGAGACCAAGCAGCUUUUCAGGUUAAACGUGACAGGAACUCUGGAUGCUGAAAAGCCGGAAAAGCAUCACUGUGGAUUUACAGGUGUUUCAGAAGCUAAAAUUUACAAAUGGUCUACAAACAACUUAACCUACAGGAUCGAGAAAUACACUCCUGACAUGUCUGUGGCUGAAGUGGACGAGUCUAUCGAUAGAGCGCUGCAAGUCUGGGCUCGUGUCACUCCUCUGAGGUUCACCCGCAUCUACAGCGGCGUAGCCGACAUCAUGAUCUCCUUUACUGUCGGAGAUCAUGGUGACGGCUCCCCGUUUGAUGGACCGGACGGUCUCUUGGCUCACGCAUUUGGCCCCGCUGUUGGCCUCGGUGGAGACACCCAUUUUGAUGACGAUGAGACCUUCACCUUCAAAUCUCCUGAUGGAUACGUCUUGUUCUUGGUGGCUGCACAUGAAUUUGGCCAUGCCCUGGGGCUUGACCAUUCUAAAGAUCCUGGAGCUCUCAUGAACGCAAGGUACUCCUACAGAGAUGUCGACAAAUUCCUUCUUCCUGGAGACGACGUCAGUAAAAUUCAGGCUCUCUAUGGUCGAAACCCUGAAGAGCCCGAUGUGCCCACACCUCCAACCACUCCUAAUGCCUGUGACCCCAAUCUGGUCAUGGAUGCUGUUACAAACCUGCGUGGAGAGACCUACUUCUUCAAGAACAAUAUUUUCUGGCGCCACCACCCUCAGAUCCCCCAGAUUGAACAAUUUCUGAUUAAGAGCUUCUGGCCCGAUCUUCCAGAUAAUAUCGACGCUGCUUUUGAGGAUCCAUCAGACGACUUGGUGUACAUCUUUAAAGGUCAGAAGGUCUGGGUUCUCAGUGGUUAUGACGUCGUGAAACGCAUGAAUCUCGUUAGCUUCGGCUUGCCGGCUAAAGUGAAAAAAAUUAACGCUGCCUUUUAUGAUGAGCAUACCGGAAAGAUGUUGUUCUUUGUUGACAAAUCAUACUACAGCUACGACACAAACAACAAGAAGAUGGACGAGGGUUACCCUAAACUGGUGAAAAAGACAUUCCCGGAAAUGUCAGGAAAGGUUUCUGCGGCCUUCCGGUACAAAGGUUUCACCUACCUCUUCAGUGGAAGAAGAAUUUUCGAGUUUAGCGAAUCAACGUUGAUGCGUAAGCUGGGAAACUACUACUUCUUGCAGUGUUAG